UCACCCUCGUGACGCGUCUGCAGAGGCGCGACGCCCCCAGCAAGCCUGGCGCCUUGACUGCCAGCGCGGGGGAUCGGGCGGGGGCUGCGGAGAGGCCCAGGGCACAUGACGGCUCCCCCCCUCCCCACCCCCGCCAAGGGCCGGACCAGCACAUGACCCGGGCCGGCCGGCGGGGUCCAGGCAGACACGAGCCGCAUCCCCAGCACGGACCAUGGCCUCCCCGCGCCUGGGGACCUUCUGCUGCGCCACGCGGGACGCCGCCACGCAGCUGGUGCUGAGCUUCCAGCCGCGGGCCUUCCACGCGCUGUGCCUGGGCAGCGGCGCGCUCCACCUGGCGCUCGGCCUCCUGCGGCUGCUGCCCGGGCGCCGGCCCGCGGGCCCCGGCCUCCCCUCAGCCUCCCCGCCGGCCACGGCCCGCACCCCGGCCUCCGCCCGCAUCCUGCGCGCCGCCGCCGCCUGCGACCUGCUCGGCUGCCUGGGUAUCACAGUCCGGUCUACGGUGUGGUUAGGGUUCCCGAGUUUCGUGGACGACAUCUCAGCCGUGAAUGGGACAGACGUGUGGCCCACCGCCUUCUGCAUGGGGAGUGCAAUGUGGAUCCAGCUGCUGUACAGCGCCUGCUUCUGGUGGCUGUUUUGCUAUGCGGUCGAUGCCUACCUGGUGAUCCGGAGAUCGGCGGGACUGAGUACCAUCCUGCUCUACCACAUGAUGGCCUGGGGCCUGGCCGCACUGCUCUGCGUGGAGGGAGCAUUCAUGCUGUACUACCCUUCCAUGGCCAGGUGUGACAGGGGUCUGGAGCACGCCAUCCCCCACUAUGUCACCACGUACUUGCCUCUGCUGCUCGUCCUCGUGGCCAACCCUAUCCUGUUCCGAAAGACAGUGACUGCAGUGGCCUCUUUACUAAAAGGAAGUCAAGGAGUUUACACGGAGAACGAGAGGCGGAUGGGAGACGUGAUCAAGACCCGAUUUUUCAAAAUAAUGCUGGUUUUCAUUAUUUGUUGGGUGUCGAAUAUCAUCAAUGAAAGCCUUUUAUUCUAUCUUGAAAUGCAACCAGAUAUCAAUGGAGACUCUUUGAAACAGGUCAGAAAUGCAGCCAAGACCACAUGGUUCAUGAUGGGGAUACUGAAUCCAGCCCAAGGGUUCCUGUUGUCCCUGGCCUUCUACGGCUGGACAGGCUGCCGCCCGGCUUUUCAGGCUCCCAGGAAGGAGAUCCAGUGGGAAUCGAUGAGCACCUCGGCCGCCGAGCGGAGUCCCCCGUCCCUGCGGGUCUCCCGUGAGCCCCGGGAGAGCCCCGCUGCCAGGAAGGAGGUGCGGGCCGGCGGGCACACUUCCGACGAGGCCGUGAGCCUGCUGUCUGAAGGUAAGAGCCCCUCCGCCAAGGCAGGCGGACGGUGGGGCCCCGGCUCCCCUGGAAGUGCUUUAUCAACGGCCACGUGGCUGGUGCAUAGCAUUUCCGUCCUGAUGUCUGGAACCUGCUUCAAGGCGAGAGUGGAAAGUGACAGCGUUAGGUCUCAUCGCGUCAUCCACCUCUCCUUUUACUAUGACAGUGGUACCUUUUCUCUAGUUAUUAAGCACUGUAGCCUUGUAAUAAUUAUGAGCGGCUCCACCUUGGGCUGGACGGCCUUUUGAAUAGGAGCAAAACUGCCACUUCAAACCCGUCGCGAACGUUUGCCGUCAGACAAUGAAUGGUACGACCUGUCGCGAACGUUUGCCGUCAGACAAUGAAUGGUACGACCUGACCUCAGCAGCUUUUAGAUGCCGCUUGGUCUGUCCACCUCAUUCGGGGACAUUUAAGGGAACACGCUGGUCGUCCAGUGCUGGCUCUUCUGAUCUGCCCUUUUCAUUUCAAGACUCUAGCACUGUGGUCCUCAGAUGGGUCCUGUUUUUAAACUCCUGUUUAAUCGGAUUUGGGGUUAUGUCUAUUAACCCAGCCGACAAGGAGGAAGAAAGUUCAAGGCCCCAAUAAUGUCUCUCUAAAGAUUGCCGUCUACUAAACCUAUU